AUGUUCUUAUUUUUUCAUUAUUAUCUUUACAGAAACAUGAAACAAACUGUUGAAGAUUUGAAUGUCCAACUCAGGAAAAAAGAACAAGAUUUGGAAAAUCUGCUUCAGAAGAGUCAAAUGGAAAGCCAUGACCUUCAGCAAAAGUUGCAGGCUGCACGCAGAGAACACAAAAAAGCACAAGACCAACUUUUGGAGAAACAAACAGCUGUAAAUGAAAAUCAAAGAAAAGAAGAUUUAUCUUUGUCCCUAAUUGAGCAAUUGAAAAAGUCAGAACACCAUCUUCUUAUGGAAUUGGAAGCUGUAAAACAAGAAAGAGAGCAAGCAACAAUUUCCCAUCACCAACAGAUUGAAGACCUGAAAGAAAGUUAUAGACAAAAAUCUACAGACUAUGAUCAAUGGCCACUUAAAUUUGAAACUGUACAGCAGCAGGAAAGAAAUAAACAUAACAAAGAAAUGCAAGAACUUAAAGGAAAACUCACAGAAAACUUUUUAAUGGAUCUUGAGAUAGAGAAACAGAAAUACCAGAAAUUGGUUGAUAAAUAUCAUGAAGAUAGCCAGAAUACUGAAGACAAAGUAGUCCAAAUGGGCAAUGCUGGACAGGAUGAAGUAACUCAACUAAAGACACAACUUAGAAGUGCUCAACAAGAAGUGACCAACUUAAAAGAACAGGUGCAAUCAAUUCAUCAACAGUUGGAAGAAACGAAGUCACAGGUUCUAUCUUUACAAGAAACUGUACAAAAAGAAUGUGAAGAAAGACUUGAACUAACUGAAUCCUUGACUGCUGCCAGAACAGAAUUGCUACAACUAAAGAAACCAACAGGAGGUUAUAACAAACUGGUUUCAAAGUCACCAUUACCACAAUCAUUGUCCAGUAGAAAUAAAUUAUCAGGCAUUUCACUUAAAGGAGAGGGCAACAAUACAAACAAUUAUCCUCCAGCAACUUCUUUGUCAGACAGUUUUGUUACAAAUGCAAAGUCUGUUGAUCAACCCAAACUUAACCCAUUACGUGUUGGUACAGGACACCAAGGUUCAGUUUCAAUGUCUCAAGAAACUACAAGUAACAAUAAAGAAACUAAACCAGUCAAAGGAUUUUUAACAGACCAAAAGUCUGUACCUUACAAAAGAAAAAUUUCUGAUGACAGACGAAGAUUCUUAGCUUUACUUACCAGAAAUUCAGCUAAAAUAUCAAACUAG